ACAGCUUGUUGCAAACAUCAGUUCAGUUUCGCCCUCUAGCUUACUUACAACUAAAUAUACAAAAUGAAGUUCUUAUUUGUGCUUGCUUGCCUUUUGGCCGUUGCCUUCGCCAGUGAUGACAGGAGCUCUGUGGCCACCGAACAGGCUCAGGAAGUGAACCCAGACAGCUUCUCCUACAAGCUGAUCACAUCGAAUGGUAUUAAUGUGAAUCAACAAGGACACUUGGUUGACGAACACACCCAGGAUGUUGCUGGCUCAUACGAAUACACAUCCCCCGAAGGCAAAGUUAUCAAGGUUACCUACACCGCCGGUGUCAACGGAUAUAAGCCCACACUCCACUACUAAGCAUUCCCAUUGAACAGACCACCAAAUAAAUUAUGAGCAAUUAAAUACA